AUGGCCAAAGCGACCACAGUUAUAACACUUGACCCCAGCAGCUUGGCAAUCCCUAGCAAAAUGAUUGAAUCCACCACACUUGUAGCAGAUUACUCUGUUCGUACCAUAACCGCCGCCACGAGACAUACGUUUGCCAAAUCCAGUCAGCGGCCCCCGCCACCGCCACCGCCACCAUUACCCCCGUUCAUGCGAAUUGGCGAGGGACAGUCUGCUUGGAGAUGUCCAACUAAAAGAAUUUCGAUACAUCAGAUUGCGUUUACAGAAACGUGCAUGAGACUCAAAUCGUUCGACGUAGGCUGUGCCAGGAAUCAAACCAAAUGCCAACACACUAAACGCAGAAAUGCUCACGAGCCAUUCCAAAACGUCAAUUCGCUCUCAAUUCCUCAACACCCCUACGCCACUCAUAGAUUGACAAGCACUACGUACCACCACCACAGGCGUAGCAUUGUUUCGCGUCAGCCGUUCGCGGUUGAGGGCAUUGAUUAG